UUGUUUGAAUUUUGAGGGUGGUGAUUUUUGGAUUAUACCUAUUGUUGAAUUAUAACCUUAAAUUCUCCCAAUUUCGACCUUCCAUGAAUUGGUGGAGGCUGACUACAUAAUUAGGUAGAAGAUGUAUCUGGUCUUCUUCGGUCACACUAUCCUGUCGGAUCAAUCCAUUUAAGGGUCUUAAUCCAAAAUUGCUAUUAGUCUGUUCUGCGUCCAGUUAGCGGUUUAGGUCGAUUCCCAUCAUAAACUCAAUUGAAAGCCAAAGUUUUGGGCUUUCCCCCUUUGUUUGCUCCUCAAUAGAAAAAUCUAUCUCAGGGGCAAGAGAUUAGGACUAGGUUAAGGUUGGGUUUUAUCUUACUCUCUCAUAUUGUUUACUUUCUGUAUUUGUUUAUUCUGUGGUAAGUGAUUUCUUAGUAAUUUUGUAUUCAUAUUGGGUAUUUUUCAGAGAGAAGUCAUCUAUUUCUUUAAUGUCUGAAGAAGAGAAACCCAUGCCUCCUAUUCUGGGACAAGAAUCAACAAUGAACUACUCGCUUCGAGAUAUAAAGAAGCUGACUUCUAGAGUGUGGCAUCAAGAUGAGUUGCUCAAUAAGAAAAGGAGAUGGUUAGUGGGACUUCCUGCAGUAUCUAUGUUGGAUGGCAGCAAAAAGAAGUCUAAAAGGCCCAAGUUCCUGUCAGAUGAGUACGCGCCAGAAUCAUGCUUCAGAAGUAAUGAAGUUUCUUAUGAGAAAGUUAGAUCAAAUGUUGAGAAAAGCUUUGGCAGCUUUAACGCAUUUAGUGGUAGCCAAGGAAAACAUCAUGUUGUUGAGAACUAUCUGAAAUUCUUUGAGACAUUUAAUACGGAGAGCUACCACGACAACCCUUCUUAUUUCUUACAUAACUUGUAUUCCAUGAUGAAUGUCUUGAACAAUAACGCACUUUGCCUUAUAGCUACUCUGGUUACAGAUAAAAAGAUUAGAUUUGAGAAAACCCGUUCAAGAAUGAAAAAGGUCAUAAAAAACUAUCUUCCAAAGGUUCUUGAAGGAUCAAGUGACAAAGAUUGCUUGACACCAAUUAAGGAGCUAUUCGAGGUUUUCAAGGACCCCGGCAAUUUUCAGAAGAAACAGCUAAUGCUUCUUACUCCUGUUUCAGCUUCUCUUAUGUCAUCUAUUCUCAAAGCUUUGGAAGAAAUUGACCAAAUGCCCUUUGAGGAUCUAAAAGCAAUGAACAAGAAGCUAAGGGGAGUCACGUUUGUCCCUCAGUUUCCACCUCCACGGUCUGGAUAUAAAAGGGAUCUGCUACUUGAACGUGUGAAGAAGAGAUGCAAAAAAUUUAUGUUGAAUCUCAAGGAGGGGGAUGAACUUCCAGAAUUAUUUGCUAAAGCUUUAUCAGUUGUGCAAUUGUCUCUCAAACGGAGGACUAGAUGUCUUGAGAUAACUGAGUCUAAAUUCUAUCCUUUUUCACCAGAAACAGUAGGACUGCAGAAUGAUAUACUAGGAGCUAUUUGGUCACUCCCAAAAGUCGGGAUUUAUGAGCUCAUUGCCUUGCAACCACUAGUGGAUCCUAAAGCCAAAGUUGCUCAGAAGGUUUUUAGAAUUAAUCUCAGAAAAUAUUUAAUGGAAUAUCUUUUUUAUUGUGACGCAAUAGAUAUCCCAGAUGAAGUAUCGAGAAUUCUUGCUACUUUAAACAGGAAGUCUCGACGUAGGCUCCAAUUGUUUUCAACAGGGAUUGUGGAUGAAGAAGUAGAGGCUGUACUGAAUAUUAGCUGUCAUCUGAAAGCAACUGCAUCGCACCUACUUCCAGACAAGAGAAUCGAUGAAAACCCAGAAACUUUAGGAACUGAUGAUGACUGUGAAAGUAAUGAUUUUGAUUUGGCUGAUGAAUGCUAUUGUGCUAAUUCUAACAGAAAGGAUCAUGGAUCUUGCUUAAAUGACGAAGCGGAGGGUACAGUGGAUUCAAAUUUUAUCUCAUUGAAGUCUGAUAUGCAGUUUAUUAAGAAGUUACCUAUACUGAAUCAGGAUAAUCAUAUAAAUCCUCUCAAGCAUUGUUUUGAGCAGGCUUCCAUUGUUGGCGACUUCAUCAAGAAGUCUAAUUUGGAGAGUAAUAAUAGAAAUGAAGACUUAAUCAAGAGAUCUAAUCCAGAUCCAGGUAAUCAUAAAAAGACUUGUGAUCAUUGUCCUGAAGAGGAAUUGGGAGCUGCAAACAUGAGAGAAAUCUUGAUCCAGGACAUAUCUGAUGAGAUAAGUUUGGUUGCUUAUAGAUUGAUAGGCCAUGUGCUAGAUAAUUUUUUGCUUGCAGAAGGCGGAGACAGUAAUGAAAUUGCGAGAUGUUAUCUUAGAGGCGGAUCACCUCUGGAUUCUUCAGCAGGCAUUGAAGAUUCUUUAAAUGGUUCAAAAGAGGAAACAGGAACUGAGGUUCUUAUUCAGUCUGUGAAAGAGUUGCUACCUGAUAUGCCAAAGAGAAGUAUAGAAAGGGUAAAGAAGUUGAUGGAGUUGACGUAAUAUUGAGAGCAUCGUUCUACAAGAAUUGCCAUUUUACAUUGUCCUGUUGCACGAGGUUCAGGACCCUGCUGCAAUCAUGCAUCAAAAGAAAAGUAUUGAAUUUUUUCAGAUGAUUAACGGGAGGUAUGUAAUGAUUGAAUAUAAUCCAUAAAGUAUGUUGAGGGAUGUGGGUCAAGGUGUCUUUAUGGUUACGUUACAGGCAAACAUUAUUCAACUUAAUUGACAGUGAAUUGGAGAAGCAAAUUAAGAAGCUGCCCGUUGAGCAUCAUAUUCGCAAGAAAUAUUUUGUAGGGCAGCAUUGAAGUGAACCAGAAGUAAGCAUAUAGGGAUAGUGAUGACAGUGAACCAGAAGUAAGCAUAUAGAGAU